AUGCAACCAUUGCGUAAUGAUGAAGAACAGCGCCAGAAGACUAACAGGGGGUGGGUAACAGCUGCGCACUGGAAGAUCGCUCGUUUGCUCACCAUGGCUGUCUUGCUGGUCCUGCUAUUGAUAUUUAUUACGCUGUAUGUUUCAGGACAAAGGCUAUGCGGGGCACAGAAAGAUAACCAGGACUCAAUGUUCAAAGCCAUUGAAGCUUUGUCCAAACGCCUCGACUCCCUGGGCACAAAUAUGGAAAGAAACCUGAAUUUAGUAAACGUGAAUGUUAUGAACAUGUCUGAAAGGACGACUGCUUUGGAAAUGAAAGGAAGACUGGCUCCAAUUCACAAAACAAUCGAGGCGUGGUACACAAGUCCUCACUCGUUUAACAAAAGUGUCGUAAGGAAACUGGAUUUCGUGAUUAAGUCAAUCGAAGAGCUCUCUUUGCAAUUUAAGAACACAUCUGAAACGAUAAAGGCAUCGGUCAUGCAAAUCAGGAAAAUUUGUCCUUUGUUGAAAAACCUGAAGAAUGGUUUUUCACACAGUCAGAAAAACUGCACGGGGGAGUCUAUUUCAUUCAGUUGUAACUGUGGUUACUGGUUGAAUGGACCCUCAGAGCGUCUCUACCUGGUCAACGGUUCAUGGACGGGAGUGCAGCCAACUUGUGAAUUUAUCAGCCCAAACUACUCUUUGUUAUUUCCAUAUAAGAGUGAAAAUGAUUACGUAAUCAUCACGCAUAGAAUGCCAAGCCUUACAGCUGUGACAGUUUGUAUGUGGAUAAAGACUAAUGCUACAGGAAAUAGAGGAACACUUCUUAGCUAUGCUGUGAGUGGAGAAGAUAACGAACUGCUCUUAUUAAGGCCCAGAGAUUUUGUGUUCAGCUUACGAUCAGUUUGGAGUAGUCCCACCAAUGUAUCUGCCAACGAUGGAAAGUGGCAUCACAUUUGCUUCGCAUGGGAGAAUACUGCUGGAUCGUGGAAAUUGUUCAAGGAUGGUUCAUUGGGGGCUAGUGGUAGAGGAUUAGCAAAAGGCCGAUUGAUCCGCGGAGGUGGACACCUUGUACUUGGACAGGAUCAAGACAAAUUGGGAGGAGGCUUUGAAGAAUAUCAAAGUUUCAUUGGUGAAAUGGCAGAUGUCAAUAUCUGGAAUCACGUGAUUUCAGACCAAGAAAUCAGGCGCAUGUCCAAGUCGUGCUUGACAGGGACGGGAAAUUUGUUUCAGUGGAGCGACUUCAAAUAUCACCGAAUGGGCUCAGUGCAGAUAGUUCAGCCUUCUUGCUUAAAUUAAAAUGCGUAAUGCUUUACUGAA